AUGUCGACACCCUCCACGGCCACGGCUACCCUCCCGCCCCAUCAUCAAUUCUAUCCUCACCACCAGUCCUACCAGCCAAACCUGCCGAGUGCGCAGCUCCAGAACGGCGCCGCGAGGAUAGGCAAUUCCAUGUACAACGGCUACGCUAGCGGCACCUCGACAACAGACCACCGCAGGACCGCGACCGCCCACGCCCGCCAGUCCCAGCAGCUGCCACCCAUAUCCACAGGCCCCGCGCCCGACAACUCCAUGAGCGCGCCUGGCUCGGCUGGUCGGCGGCGGAACCCCGACUGGGCUGACUUCUACAAAAACGGCCUCCCCAAAGAGGUCAUCGUGAUUGAUGACGACGACGAAGACCCGGCUCCUCCCCCGCCGCGCCAGCCAGGCCUCACCAGGACCGCGACAAAUGGCUCGGCACGGCACACGGACAAGAAGCGAAAGACGACGGCGUCCACGGCAUACGACCCUGUCUACAAUCAGCAGACAUCCUACUCGACUACCCAAACGCCGUACUACGACUCGCCCAACCACUCCCUCUCCACCGACAGGACCACUUCUGCGCUCAACACGACAGCUGCGACGUCAUUAGGUUCGCAGGUCAGCAAUGGACACCACAUCUCGCCGCUCGACAACAGCGCCGUUGGCCAGAAGCGAAAGCGCACGCGUGCAGUAGCCCAGGACGAGGCCAAGCAGACCAAGAGACGAGAGCUCGACCACGACGACAACCCCUUCAGCCUGUACCAGCCUCCGCCUAACCCAGUAAUCAAGGCGAAGGAUGUUUAUGUGCAGGUUGUUCCGGAUGUAAGGCCCUCAGAACUAUCCUGUGCGCGAUCAGACGCUGACUCAUUGCAGAAGUCCUACACCAAGGACCAGAAGGUCGAUGAUGAGGAUGGCCACUAUAUUGUGGUUCCAGAGGCCGAACUCACCGAGCGAUACCAGAUCGAGAAACUCCUAGGCCAAGGCACAUUUGGUAAGGUCGUUCAAGCCUAUGAUCGAAAGAAGGGCACCAAAUGCGCCAUCAAGGUCAUCAGAUCCGUGCCCAAGUACCGAGACGCCAGUCGCAUCGAGUUGAGAGUCCUCUCAACACUGGCAUCCAACGACAAGCACAACAUCAACAGGUGCAUCCAUCUGAGGGAUUGCUUCGACUUUCGGAACCACAUUUGCAUCGUCACCGACCUCUACGGACAGAGUGUGUUCGACUUCCUCAAGUCGAAUGGCUUCGUGCCGUUCCCCAGCUCGCACAUUCAAAAGUUUGCGAAGCAGCUGUUCACGAGCGUUGCCUUUCUGCACGAUCUGAAUCUCAUCCACACCGAUCUGAAGCCGGAGAACAUCCUCCUCGUAAACAACAACUACCAGACCUUCACAUACAACCGGACAGUCCCUUCCUCAUCAACCACUGUCAACCGCAGCGCGAGACACCGCAAGGUGCUUCUCGACCCAGAGAUCCGGUUGAUUGACUUUGGAUCAGCCACCUUCAAUGACGAGUACCACUCCUCCGUCGUGUCGACACGUCACUACCGUGCACCAGAGAUCAUCCUCAACCUGGGCUGGAGCUUCCCGUGCGACAUUUGGAGUAUUGGUUGUAUUCUAGUCGAAUUCUUCACCGGUGACGCCCUGUUCCAGACGCACGAUAACCUCGAACAUCUGGCUAUGAUGGAGGCCGUGUGCGGAGGCAAGAUCGACCGAGACAUUGUGCGCGCAGUCUACAAGCAAGACCGAGGGUCAUCACGGAACUCUGCCAAUUCUGCUGCAAGAUAUUUCAAAAACUACAAGCUUGACUAUCCAAAUACCGAGACCAACAAGGCGUCGAAGAAAUACGUCAAGGCGAUGAAGAAGCUUCCUGAAACCAUCCCCAGUCAUACCGACUUUAACCGCCAAUUCCUCGAUCUUCUCAGGCAGAUCUUCGUUUACGAUCCCAAGAAGCGUAUAACUGCCAAGCAAGCCUUGCAACAUCCGUGGUUCAAGGAGUCUCUCAUGGACGAUGGUACCGAGGCUCACAAGAUCCGGAUAGAGCGAGAGAAGAAGGCACGGCGAUUAGAACAAGAUCGCCGGUAUCGAGACGAAAGGGCCUACUAG